AUGGGAAUAUUUCCCAUUUACUCCGCGGUGCAGCUACUGCCUGCUUUCCGUGCCUCUGGAGUCACCUACACUCUCUAUUAUGACAACCUACAGAAGUAUACAGAUGGGAACCUGACAGUGACUGGCCCCAAGGAGACAGCCUCCAUCUUUGCCACCUACCUUGCUCCCUAUCUGUCCCUGAGCAAUGGCUUCUUGGAUCAGGUUCUGGGCACCAGGAUGCUGAUUGUGGGCAUCUUGGCCAUACUGGACACAUGGAACAAGGGAGUGCGCGGUCUGGAGCUAGUGAUAGUGGGGUUGCUGAUCCUAGCCAUCAGGCUAUCCAUGGGUGCCAACUGUGGGUUCCCAAUCAACCCUGCACAGGACCUGGGCCCACAGCUUUUCACCUAUGUGGCUGGCUGGGGCCCUGAAGUGUUCAGCACUGGUAAUGGCUGGUGGUGGGUGCCUGCGGUGGGGGGGGCCACCCUUGGCACAAUCACAUACCAGCUGCUGGAGGCUCUGCACCAUCCUGAGGACUCAGAGCCAGCUCAGAAUCUAGACUGUGCCCAACCUGAAGCCUCAGACUGGGAAAGUCCUACCUCAGCUCAGAUGUAG